GCGCAUGCGCUUCCUGUGUUCUACGGAUGCCUAUAGAGCUAAAUCUUUUAGGUUGAACUGGAGCUGGAAUGAAACCAAAGUCCACGGGUUUAACACAACAGUUCACUUUUUAUCAAUUCACACCAUCCAUUCAUGCUGGAAGCAGCGUCUGAGCCGACCAUGGAGGACGGAGGACUUGUCUGAAGAAUAACAGGACAUUAGGCUGUUUACAAUGGGCAGCCGGAGGAACGGGUACAAUAAGGAAAGCUUUAUUCUGUCAGUGGACGUCGGUACCACGUCCAUAAGGUGUCAUGUUUACGACAAGGAGGCACAAAUCCGAGGAUCAUGCACCAGCAAGGUUGUCCCGUUGUAUCCAGAGGUGGGACAUGUGGAGAUGGACCCAGAUGCACUGUGGAAGGGUUUUACCUCUGUGGUCAAAGGAGCUGUGCAAGAUGCAGGAGUUCAGAUGGGCCAGAUAGAAGCUCUUGGCAUCUCAACUCAACGAGCAACCUUCACAACUUGGGACAGAAAAACUGGAGUUCCUUUUCACAACUUUAUCAGCUGGCAGGACCAAAGAGCUGCAGAGCUGGUAAAAUCCUGGAAUAGAUCCUGCACAAUGAAUAUAAUUCACAGCGUAAUGAAGGUUGUUUACUUCCUGACCCGGCAGAAACGGUCCCUCGCAGCAAGUCUCAUCGUCUUUUCCACUCAACAUGUCACUUUUCGCCUCGUGUGGGUUUUGGCACAUUACAAGCAGGUUCGUCAAGCAAUCGAUGAAGGCAACUGCUGCUUCGGAACAAUAGAUACUUGGCUCCUGUUCAAACUAACAAAAGGAUGUGUCCAUGCCACAGAUUACUCUAAUGCCAGUUCAACAGGGAUCUUUGACUCUUAUCAGAUGUGUUGGAGUGGAUUUCUCUCUGCUCUUGUGUCUCUACCUCUCUCAAUAUUCCCUAAAGUAGAAAACACAGGUUGUGUUCCUGCUGUUUGUACGGAUGGACGAGGUUUCUGGACAACUCGCGAAGAGCUCAAAAAGCUGCAGAGCAUAGACAAGGUGUUCCUGCCCAAAGGUACUGAGAAGGAGGGGGCCAUCAGCCCCGACCAGGAAUACAUCCCUGUCCUCCAGAGGUGGGAGAGAGCUCUGCGACGCUCCAUGAACUGGUACAAACCCUGAAGCCUGUCGUGUACAUACCGAGGUUCCUGAACAAAUGGAAGAGAGAAGUGAGAGCGCACACGUA